AUGUCCACCUUCGGUAGAUUGUUCAAAGUCACUACAUAUGGUGAAUCACACUGUAAAAGUGUGGGUUGUAUUGUUGAUGGUGUUCCACCGGGACUAACCCUGGAAGAGAAGGAUAUCCAACCGCAAUUGACCAGAAGAAGACCUGGCCAGUCUGCGCUUUCUACUCCAAGAAAUGAGAAGGACCGUGUAGAGAUUCAAUCCGGUACUGAGUUCGGUAAGACUCUGGGUACUCCCAUCGCUAUGAUUGUUAGAAACGAGGAUCACAAGCCAAAGGAUUACUCUGAGAUGGACAACUACCCAAGACCAUCCCACGCCGAUUUCACAUACUCCGAAAAGUACGGAAUCAAGGCCUCAUCUGGUGGUGGUAGAGCAUCCGCUAGAGAAACUAUCGGCAGAGUCGCCGCUGGUGCCAUCGCUGAGAAGUUCCUGCAUUACGUCUCUGAAGUAGAAAUUGUCGCAUUUGUCACACAAAUUGGAAGCAUAAAGAUGAACCGUGACCCAUUCGAUCCAGCUUUCCACCAACUACUAAACACCAUUACUAGGGAACAAGUGGAUUCCAUGGGGCCUAUAAGAUGCCCAGACGCCUCUGUGGCCGACCUGAUGGUAAAAGAAAUUGAAAAGCACAGAGACGCUAAGGACUCCAUCGGUGGUGUGGUUACCUGUGUUGUUAGAAACCUACCAACUGGUCUAGGUGAACCAUGUUUCGACAAACUAGAGGCCUUACUAGCACAUGCUAUGCUAUCUAUUCCUGCCUCCAAGGGUUUCGAAAUCGGUUCAGGUUUCGAAGGUGUUAGCGUGCCUGGUUCCAAGCACAACGAUCCAUUCUACUUUGACAAAGAUUCCGGCAAAUUGAGAACCAAGACCAACAACUCCGGUGGUGUGCAAGGUGGUAUUUCCAACGGUGAAAACAUUUACUUCUCUGUUCCUUUCAAAUCUGUUGCUACAAUCUCUCAGGAACAGAAGACUGCCACUUACGACGGUGAAGAAGGUGUUUUGGCUGCUAAAGGUAGACACGAUCCAGCAGUCACCCCAAGAGCCAUCCCAAUUGUGGAAGCCAUGACUGCACUAGUUCUAGCCGACGCGGUGUUGAUACAGAAGGCUAGAGAAUACUCAAAAAAUGUUGUUCGCUAA